AUGGCUGCCAAGCCCCCUCCGCCGCAGGUGCAGCCGUGCCGCUACAAAGUCGGCAAGACGCUCGGCGCCGGCUCGUACUCGGUCGUGAAAGAGUGUGUGCACAUCGACACGGGGCGGUGUUAUGCCGCCAAGGUGAUCAACAAACGACUGAUGGCUGGACGAGAACACAUGAUCCGCAACGAAAUUGCCGUCCUGAAAAAGGUGUCUAUGGGACACAAAAACAUUCUGACACUGGUUGACUACUUCGAGACCAUGAACAACCUGUAUCUCGUCACCGACCUUGCACUUGGUGGUGAGCUCUUCGACCGUAUCUGCCGCAAGGGCUCAUACUACGAGUCAGACGCUGCCGACCUCAUCCGGGCCACUCUUUCCGCCGUCGCCUACCUACACGACCACGGCAUCGUCCACCGCGAUCUUAAGCCAGAGAACUUGCUGUUCCGCACCCCGGAAGACAACGCCGACCUGCUGAUCGCCGACUUUGGCCUCUCCCGUAUCAUGGACGAGGAGCAGUUUCACGUCCUCACCACCACGUGCGGCACUCCGGGCUACAUGGCUCCCGAGAUCUUCAAGAAGAUUGGCCACGGCAAGCCUGUCGACAUCUGGGCGCUGGGCGUCAUCACUUACUUCUUGCUCUGCGGUUACACGCCGUUUGACCGCGACAGCGAUUUUGAGGAGAUGCAGGCCAUAUUGCAAGCCGACUACUCCUUCACACCCGUUGACUACUGGCGUGGCGUCUCAGACGCUGCUAAAGACUUUAUCCGCCGUUGUCUCACUAUCGACGCCUCACAACGCAUGACCGCCCACGAGGCUCUGCAGCAUCCGUUCCUGGCGGGCUACGACCGCCGCAACGCCGGCGCCCCCGGUGUCGCCGGCCCGACCGACGAGACCAACUUGCUGCCGACCGUCAAGAAGAACUUCAACGCGCGGCGCACGCUGCACGCGGCCAUCGACACGGUGCGCGCAAUCAACAAGCUGCGGGAGGGCGGCCUUCAAGGGCGCAUGGAUGGUGCGCGGUCGCGAGAACCGGCCCGGAACAACAAUGGCGGCAACGGAUCCAGCGUGAAAACCAACCGCGCACCUGCACCGCAGGGCGCACCACCAACGAAUGGGGGCGCUUCCCCAGGUGCCGUCCCAGCGAUGUACAAGGACGACUCUGGGUAUGGCACGCAGGUUGAAAAAGACGGCGUGGACCGGCUUAACAACGGCGGCAACGACGUUAGUAUGAGCGAUGCGCCGGCACUCAGCUCCGUGCCCGUGGCGCUGCGGCCGGGCAUGGAUGUGAACAAGGUCGUCGAGACAACGAAAGGCCUCUGGACGGGCGUCGGCAGCCGAGGGUAG